AUGAGUGUUUCAAAUCCAAAUCCUUCACAGACAAAUACAAAUAACCAACCACGCCCAACAGUAACAGUUGCUCCAACAGCAGACCAAUUACGUCAAAAUUCAGGAAAUGCUCAGCCAAGACCACAAACAGCUGGUGCUCCUCAGAAAGAUCCAUCUAUUCUCGCUCUUCAGUUUGCUAUCGAAACAACUCUUAAUACUAAGAAGCUUGAAGAAGAAAAUGAAACAUUAAAAUCUAAACUUGCUGAAAACGAGAAAUUACUUGCUGAAUUUGAUGAUGCUCGCAUUCGUGCUAAAUCUCUUAGAACACAAUUAAAAGAGAAAGAAGCAAAACUCGAAGCAAAGCGUAAAGAGCUUAUUCAAAUCCAAGAAGCCAUUAUUUCUACACUCCAAUCACCAGCCCAACAACAACAAGAGGAUCCUGAAGAGGCUCUUGUCCCAAUUCCUAUUAUUAUGAACAGAAUUCAAGAACUUAUCAUGUCCCUUACAGAAUCAGCUGCCGACAAGCAAUCCACAGCCAUCCCAGUAAUUUCUCUCUUCAACACAAGCGAAAAAUUAAAUAAACUCUACGAUGCUCUCGUUGAACAAGAUAUUAUUCAUGAAACUCAGGAAGAGCACGAUGAAAGAUACGCCAACUACGUUGCAACACAACAGAAGAUAGUUUCACAGCUCAAGGACAUGCUUGCGGCCGCACAAGCCGAAGGAGCUGAUCUUGAAGAGGAAGAAGAGGAAAUUCCUGAAGAAGAGGAGGAGCCAGCCAAAGAAGAUGCUCCAAAGGUCGUCGAAGUUACAGAAGAAGAGGAAAAGAAGGAGGAAUCUCCAGCUCCAGCCCCAGAAGAGCCAAAACCAGCUGAAACAGAAAAGAAAGAAGAGACACCAGCUGCCAAUGAAGAAAAGCCACCUGCUUAA